CGCUGAGCCAGGUGAGCGCCGGCGGCGUGGCGGCGCGUGGGUGCGUGCGAGCGGGAUCCACAGGGGUGCCAUUGAAGAGACUCAACCAUGGAAGGCACGCCGUUGGUGACAUCAAAGCAGAAGACUGAAGUGGUGUGUGGGGUCCCCACUCAGGUGGUCUGCACAGCCUUUAGCAGUCACAUCCUGGUGGUGGUGACUCAGUUUGGGAAGAUGGGUACGCUGGUCUCCCUGGAGCCCACCAAUGUGGCCAGUGACAUCAGCAAGCCUCUGCUUACUACAAAAGUCCUCCUUGGACAGGACGAGCCCCUCAUCCACGUCUAUGCAAAGAACCUGGUGACAUUUGUGUCUCAAGAAGCUGGAAACAGAGCGGUCCUCCUUGCGAUGGCCGUGAAGGACAGAAGCAUGGAGGGGCUGAAGGCCUUGAAGGAGGUGAUACAGACGUGCCAGGUGUGGUGACCCUGGAGUUAGCGGCCACACCUGCUGCUCAGCGGGGCCAGGUGAAAACUCAGACCCCUCCGGGCGACUUGAAGACGACCCUGCCUUCAGUCCAUCAGGAGGAGGAACUGGAGCCAGAAGAAAUUCUCCUGUCUCCGGCAGACUUCUCUUUGGCUGCUGAUACCAUCCGUGGAUGGUGGGAGGAUGUGGGGUGUUGGGAGACUCGUGAUUGGUCCUCACCAGGGUCCAAGGAGUUGCACAUACUUGAUAAUGGAAAGAAUGGUCGUGCCAGUUGAUGUACAGAAUCAGUUAUUGGAGGAGAAUCUGUUUGUACAAAUAAGCACAUAAC